AUGCCCAACGCGUUCCUGUCGAGCCUUCUUCGCCUUCCCGAUAAAUGGCAUACAUACACCACAGUACGAAGCCAGAUCGACGCGAUUAGCCGCGACUUUGUGUUCCAGAUUCUCGUCAACGAGUACAUCAAGGUCUCCGGUGGCAUCAGUGAAGGGCAAUAUGAUGCCAUGCUUGUACGAGUGUUCCAGCUGACAGCUGAGGUUGAGAAGCAAGGGAUGCCGGUGCUCCCGCAGAAGGUACUCAAGGUCGGAGGUGCGGACGACGCCACCAAGGAAGAGGCCGAGGAUGAGGAGGAUAUAGAUGAUGAUGAGAAAUCCAAAAGCGUCGCCAAACGCUGGGAAAUGUCUAUGACGUUUCGUUCACACUGUCUUGGGCUAUUCCUAGCACCAAAGAAGGCCCAGCCACUCUACUACGACCGGUCUGGUAUCAUCAUCGGCGAAGCGUUGGACAAGGACGAUCAAGUCACGGAUAUUUUCGUUGCCAUGCUCAUCGGGUUCUCAGCUAUUCCGCCAAACAGUGAGUUAACGCGGUCUCCUCUGGCCUCGUUUGAAACUAGCAACACGAAAGCAUUUUUGAGAGAACAGCUGCCUGAGGCCAAGAGCCUUGAGAACGACGGCAUUACUAAAAGAGAGCUUGGAUUAGAAACACGAACUACAUUCGCAGCGGUAGAAACUGAAGGGAAAGUGAUCUCUGGUGUGGUGAAUGCACCGGAAAAUCAAAGUCGUCGUUGUGGGAUACUGGUGAAUAAUCGCGGAUUUGAGGGUGGCAGCGGGCAAACGACGACAAUGGUGACGGUAGAGCUGGUUGAUGCAGCACCUGGUAGCCUUUCCGUUGAAAUACAGACGGUCUCCGGGACGGGCGGGGGCGCUACGGCAGGUGAAGAGGCCGUGGGUGGGUAA